AUGUGUGGCAGGUUUGCAUUGGGAGUGAACGCCAACGAUCUACCUAGUCAGUUCCACCUUACUGCCUUGUUAGGGAGAGGAGAUGCUGGAGAAUUGCAGGCAUUAGAAAAUGGCAUCUAUCAGGCAAACAUCGAAGGCUCUGAAGGUCAACUCAAUGCCCAAGUGGAUACACGCAACUUCACCAAUUACAGAGAGUCGUACAACGUGGCACCAACCAAUACUGCCGUAAUCAUCUACGUGGAUGAAAACAAACACGAUGCAGACAUCAGAUACGUGAUGGAAUCACUGACAUUUGGCCUCGUGCCUUCUUGGGCUAAGCCCAAUGAUAAGACUCCAGUGGGAGGCGAGGGAUCCGAUGCACCACCAUACUCCAAAGAAUUACAACGGUUCAGUGGAAGAUACUUCAAUUGCAGAAAAGAGACAUUGGCCGAGAACCUGGCUGUCUGGAACAGCAGUCGCAGGAAACAUAGAUGUGUGGUUCCAAUCCAGGGCUACUUCGAAUGGCUCAAAAAUUCAAGUGAAAAAAUUCCACAUUUCGUACAUUCAACCAAAACUCCUAUCAUAUACUUAGCUGGGUUAUAUUCCCACAACUACAACUAUAAGGACAACUUUAACAUUAAUGACCAAUACUUGUCAUCUUUCACUAUUGUAACAGGAUCGGCCCUCAAGUCCGAUACUCACGAUUUGUCGUGGCUUCAUAGCAGAAAACCAAUAUUUUUAAAGCCUGGUACCAAAGAUUGGAAGGACUGGCUUGAUCCCAAACAAGAUUGGCUGGAAAGAUUACUCGAUACAUGUUUGAACUCCAUUUCAAACCCAGCCUAUGAAGAUGUUGAAGGAUAUCCUGUGAGUAAGGACGUUGGAUAUCCUGGAAACAAAGGACCAGAAUUGUUGGAAAGGCAAAAAUCACCUCAAAAAUCAAUCACUCUGUUUUUCAAACGCCCCAGUGAUGAGGAUGACAGAGGCUCCAAGAGACAUAAGAAAAAUUAUGUGAAUGAAUUCAAGGUGGAAGACAAAUCACCAGAGCAAGAGGAGAAAAUGGGCAACAAAAUGACUGCAAAGCAAGAAAGCAAACCUUCAGUCCCAAUAGAAACGGAGACUGGAAAUACUUCUUCAGGUGUGAAGAAAGAGGAAGAGGGAAUAAAAGGACCUGAGAAGCAUGUCCAAGCAAGUCCUCAAAAGAAAAGGCUUCAAUACACCUCGAGGAAAAAAGCAAAUGACGUUAAACCCAUACACCUGUAUUUUAAAAGCCAAAAAUGA